CCUCUUUCCCUCUCCAAAUUAGCAGGUGCGAUCGUCCUCCAUCGACUUCAAUUCUUUCCCAACCUGUUUUCUCCUCCUCGUAUACCACUGGAUUAGGUACCUAUCUGAGAUACUUGUACUACCGGUAGUACUACCUGGGAGUGGCCUAAGGAACCAACUACUGCCUCGUUAUUAUCUACUAGUGACUACGGAGUACCUAGUAUCAUUGUUCACGGAUUACAAAACACAACGUCACCGGGUUCAUUUUCCAGGCCCACAAAAGAAAGACACCUUGUCUCCGAGCUGGGUCUUGUUUGGCCUCGCUUUCUCGACCGGCUGUCUGCCGGUAGGUGCGGUCUCCGUUCGCAUUUCGACCGCUUCGCGACCGGAGGUCCACCGAACGAACGACGCAGCAGUAAUGGCUAGCAGCAGCACGCCACAGAAGCGGUCUUCCUACGACGCAGGGCUCGAAUCGCCCAAACGGGAGGACGAUCGGCCUCCUUCGGUGCCGGCGGGGCGACCGCCGCCUCCAAAGAUCUCCAAAGCACGCGCCUGUGCAGAGUGCAAACGCCAUAAGAUCCGCUGCGAAAUCAAACCGGGCGAGUCAAGCUGCACGAAAUGCCUUCGCAGUGGGAUCAAAUGUGUCGUCAAUGACUUUUCACAGAAAUUCGUAGACGACGAUGGGAUAUGGAAAUCUCAAGCUACAGCGACGCUACACCAGCUCCAGGCCGCCGUAUCGGAUCUUCUGCGUGAGAACGGACUGCCAGAGCUGUCUACCUAUCCCUCCACCACCGAUACUCGGAACGGCCCCAGCCCGGCUGCAUCAUCAUCCCACCACACUCGGCAGCGGUCGACUGAAACGUCGCAGCCGCCUCGCGCAAGUCACAAUGGACCCGGACUGGUGAUGGAUGUGACAAGAGAACCGUCGCUGGAACCCGACCUCCAAGACCCAGAUCUAGUUCCGGCUCCGAUGCGCAGUCUCUACGAAGUGACCAAGCUGCGCAAUUUGCGCAACAACCCGGUGGAGAAACCGCGGUUGAACCAAUUGGAGGAGGACUUCAUCUCGCGCGGCCUCAUUUCCAUCCACGAGGCCGAGGAGUUGUUUGCCUAUUUCAGUCGGACAAUGAACCAGCUCCUCUGGGGUGGCAUUAUCUUGGUCCAUCGAGACCUGACCUCGGUCCGCCGCUCGUCGACGUUACUCUCCGUCGCUGUCUUGACCGUGGCCGCUCUACACAUCCCCAACCGGACCGAGACCUUGAACCAGUGCUAUAAUGAAUACGUGUCGCUUGUCUCGAGCAUGUCUCUCACAAGGGUACAUACUCUGGAUGAUGUCCGAGGCCUCUGUGUGGGAGCCUUCUGGCUCUCGGAGCUGAGCUGGAAGCUGUCGGGGCAUGCAGUGCGGAUCGCCACCGAACUGGGGCUGCAUCAAAGCUACCAGAGGAUGAUGCGCGGGCACAACGAUCAGUACGAGCGUGCCCAACUCUGGUAUCUCUUGUACGUGUGCGACCACCACUUCAGCAUCGCGUACGGCCGACCACCCGUCAUCCACGAAGACGCAGCCAUCAAGAACUUUGAAAACUUUCUGCGCUCUCCGCUGGUUGUUUCAGGUGACAUUCGGCUGAUGGCCCAGGUGGCGCUUUUUAUGAUCCUCACCGAGGCCUACCGAAUGUUUGGCUCCGAUAGUGAACAACCCCUGAGUGAGGAGGAUUUUGGUCAGCUACGAGUGUACAAUGUGGCUAUUGACCAAUGGCGGCUGCUAUGGCAGCCUCGAUCUUUGGAUAGCCCCUACGUGCGAACGUAUCCUUCGAAAGGCGUCGCUUUACACUAUCACUUUGCCAAGUUCCAGCUUAAUUCGCUCGCCCUUCGAGCGCUGUCCCCGGCAAACACGCCUGGCUUUUCCAUGGAUCGCAAGGAGUCGGCCAACAUCGCCAUCUCGUCAGCCAUGGCGUGUUUGAACAUGGUGCUCGAGGAACCCGACAUCCGCGACGCGAUCGUCGGCGUGCCAAUCUUCACCCACACCAUGGUGACAUUCUCGGCCGUCUUCCUUAUCAAGGUCGCGGUGAGCUGGCACACUGCUUCGCUCAGUAUCGACGGUGGCCAGGUGCGGCGCCUGGUCGAGCGAGUGAUCGAACUGAUGAACUGCGUGUCGGCGGGUGAGCGUCACCUCACCAGGCACAUUGCCCGGGGGCUGGGCAAGAUGGUGGAGCGCUUCGACGCGUGGGAGACGGCGCAAUACGCCGGCCGACGCGUGUCUGUUGCAGGCAUCAGCAACACCAGCGGCCUCAACGAUCGUGACCAGCGCGAUGUGCCGGGUGGAGCCAAUGCAAUGGCGCAAGGCUUUCCUCCACCAGAUCUAAUCUACGGCAUGGUGGGUACCUAUGGUUUUGGUCUAGAUGAGAAUCUGCUGGACCCGAGCAUGGCAACGAUGGAGUUUUGGGCGCAAUGACAUACCUUUCUUGCUACUUCAUUUGAUACCACCUUUUUCCUGCCAUUUCAAAUGAGACAGGCACCUAUAGUUUCUUGUAUAUUCUCCAGAAACCUUUUCAUACUAAACUUUCUUUUUUUUGAUGUCAUGAUUACUGGAGUUUAUCUCUGGCCCUGGUCAGAGCGUCAUGCAGAAGUAUGUAAUGCUCUGUAAUGCACAGCAGGGACUGGUACAGAAUAGUACUAGCUGUGUUGUUUCGUAAUGUACGUGAUUGCACUGUUAUUUCCACAUCCGGC